CGUGGCUUCACCUGCCCACACCUGCAGAGAGUUGAGAGACUGAAGACUGAAGGAAGGAUUACGGGACAAAUCAAACUGAGACAAAUAUGUCACAGUCUGUAGAAUCAAGCUGACUCCACCAAACCGAGCCGAUCUGAUCUGGACUAAAGUGAUCCUGCUUCAGUCCAGGUCUGCCUGGAUCCACCGUCUCCACCCAAGACGUGUAAGAUUUCUCAACUUGUAGCUGAAGCAGGAAGUGUGGGACGGAGGAGCAGACAUGGGCAGCAAGGAGCGCUACCAUUGGCAGGCUCAGAACGUGAAGGUCAGCGGCGUGGACGACAUGGUGCUGUUGUCCAAGAUCAACGAGGACGCCAUCACAGACAACCUGAAGAAGAGAUACAUGGACGACUACAUCUUCACCUACAUUGGUCCGGUUCUGAUCUCUGUGAAUCCAUUCAAACAGCUUCCGUACUUCACCGACCGAGAGGUGGAGCUCUACCAGGCAGCGGCUCAGUACGAGAACCCGCCACACAUCUACGCCCUGGCUGACAACAUGUACAGAAACAUGAUGAUUGACAUCGAGAACCAGUGUGUGAUCAUCAGUGGUGAAAGUGGAGCUGGAAAAACUGUUGCUGCUAAAUACAUCAUGAGCUACGUGUCGAAGGUGUCUGGAGGCGGCGACAAGGUCCAGCACGUUAAAGACAUCAUCCUGCAGUCCAACCCUCUACUGGAGGCCUUUGGAAACGCCAAGACCGUCCGCAACAACAACUCCAGCAGAUUCGGUAAAUACUUUGAGAUCCAGUUCAGUCGUGGAGGAGCGCCUGAUGGAGGCAAAAUCUCCAACUUUCUCUUGGAAAAAAGUCGAGUAAUUUCCCAGAAUCCUGGAGAGAGAAACUUCCACAUCUACUACCAGCUGCUCGGAGGUGCUAGUGCAGAACAGAGGGAGAACCUGGGGAUCACGACACCCGACUACUACUACUACCUCAACCAGUCAGGAACCUACACGGUGGACGACAUCAGCGACAAGAAGGAGUUCUCUGACACCAUGGGGGCCAUGUCAGUCGUGGGUCUUUCUUUGGAAGACCAAGACUCGGUUCUCCAGCUCGUUGCAGGAAUUCUUCACCUUGGGAACAUCAGCUUCAGAGAGGAAAACAACUACGCUGUAGUGGAAAGCCAGGACUUCCUGGCGUUCCCGUCCUACCUGCUGGGCAUCCAGCAGAACGGCCUGUGCAGUAAACUGACCAGCAGGAUGAUGGACAGCAAGUGGGGCGGGAAGACCGAGUCCAUCUCCGUCACGCUGAACACGGAGCAGGCCUGUUUCUCCAGAGACGCCUUGUCCAAAGCGCUCUACGCCCGACUCUUCGACUUCCUCGUUGACUCUGUGAACAGGGCCAUGCAGAAGGAGCAGGAGGAGCUCAACAUCGGCGUGCUUGACAUCUACGGCUUCGAGAUCUUCCAGCAAAAUGGGUUUGAGCAGUUCUGCAUCAAUUUUGUCAACGAGAAGCUGCAGCAGAUCUUCAUCGAGCUCACCUUGAAGGCAGAGCAGGACGAGUACGUCCAGGAGGGCAUCAAGUGGACGCCUAUCGAGUAUUUCAACAACAAGGUCGUCUGUGACCUCAUCGAAUCCAAAGUGAAUCCUCCAGGAAUCAUGAGCAUCCUGGAUGACGUGUGUGCCACCAUGCACGCGAAAGGUGAGGGAGCCGACCAGACGAUGCUGCAGAAGCUCCAGGGACAGAUUGGUUCGCACGAGCACUUCAGCAGCUGGAACAAGGGAUUUGUUGUCCACCACUAUGCUGGGAAGGUGUCUUAUGAUGUCAGCGGCUUCUGUGAGAGGAACAGAGAUGUGUUGUUCAACGACAUCAUCGAACUGAUGCAAAGCAGCGAGUUUCCGUUCAUCAGAGCUCUGUUCCCCGAGAACCUGGAGGCCGAAAAAAGAGGACGGCCGACCACAGUCAGCAGCAAGAUCAAGAAACAGGCCAACAGUCUGGUCCAGACCCUGAUGAAGUGCACCCCUCACUACAUCCGCUGCAUCAAACCCAACGAGACCAAACGUCCACGUGACUGGGAGGAGAACCGGGUCAGGCACCAGGUGGAAUACCUGGGCCUUCGGGAAAACAUCCGAGUCCGUCGAGCUGGAUACGCCUACCGCCGGGUCUUCAAUAAGUUCCUGCAAAGAUACGCCAUCCUGACCAAGGAGACCUGGCCUCAGUGGAGGGGUGACGAACGCCAGGGGGUUCUGCACCUCCUGAGCUCUGUCAACAUGGACCAGGACCAGUUUCAGCUGGGAAAGACCAAGGUCUUCAUCAAAGCUCCUGAAUCACUCUUCCUGCUGGAGGAGAUGAGGGAGCGAAAGUACAACGGCUUUGCCCGCGUCAUCCAGAAGGCCUGGCGUAAACACAUCGCCGUCCGCAAGUACGUCCAGAUGAGAGAGGAAGCCUCUGACGUUCUGCUGAACAAGAAGGAACGUCGCAGGAACAGCAUCAACAGGAACUUUGUGGGAGACUAUAUCGGGACAGACAACCACCCAGAAAUCAGACGCUUCGUCGGCCGCAGGGAGAGGAUCGACUUCGCCGAUGUCGUGGUGAAAUACGACAGAAGAUUCAAGACGGUAAAACGGGACCUGAUCCUGACGCCGAACUUCCUGUACCUCAUCGGCAGAGAGAAGGUGAAGCAGGGUCCAGAUAAAGGCCAGAUCCAGGAGGUCCUCAAGAGGAAGAUCGAAGUCAACAAGGUCCAGUCUGUGUCCCUGAGCACUCUCCAGGACGACUUCAUCAUCAUCCACGAGGAAGAGUACGACAGCGUCCUGCAGAGCGUCUUUAAAACCGAGUUCCUCAGUCUGUUGGUCAAACGUUAUCAGGACAAAACCAAAAAGAAGCUGCCUCUGAAAUUCAACAACCUUCUGGAGUUUAAGGUGAAGAAGGGCGGCUGGGGCCCCUUCGUGUCUGCGGGCUCCAGGCACAUUCAGUUCCAGCCGGGUCAAGGCGACGACGCCGCGCUGAAGCCUAGCGGGAAAGUUCUGCAGGUCUCGGUCGGACCAGGUCUGGCCAAGAACUCCCGGCCAACGAGGAAGGACAAUCGCAAGAGCCGCUACAUGGGAAACCCGUCUUCACGUAGCAACCAGUACAACGCAGGCCCGCGCUCCAGAGGCAGCGCCGCUUCCAGGGGAGGCCCGUACUCCAGAAGCUCCAUGCUGAGGCAGCAGUCCAGCAUGGACCAGCCCACUCUGCCCCGCAUCCAGAGCCAGCGGCGUCCCAGCAUUCGGCCUCAGAACCCCGAUAUGGGCUUCAUGGACGUCCCGGAGCAGGGGGCCGCAGGGCUGCAGCGGCGCCGAUCCAAGGAGGUGAAGCCUCUCCCCGGAGCAGGUCUCCCCAAACCGGCUCCCAGGCCGAAGCCGCGCUCUCCUCAGUGCAGAGCUCUUUAUGCCUACGACGCCCAGGACACCGACGAGCUGAGCUUCAACGCGGAUGACGUGAUCGACAUCAUUACUGAAGAUCCGUCUGGUUGGUGGUUUGGCCGGCUGCGGGGCAAAGAGGGGAUGUUCCCUGGGAACUAUGUGGAGAAGGUCUAGAUGUUCUGUAAUAAAAGGAGAAUCAGAUCAACAGCAUCCAGCGAACGCAUCGUCCUCGGAGGUCAGAGGUCAGCUCCUACGACCCGAUGACACCUGGACUGUGUCGUGUAACACUGUGAACAUGUGACUUCAGUCUCUGAGAGGCACCAACGUAACAUCAGUGUUACCAUGGGAUCAAGACAUGCUAGAGGCCCUUGGACUUUAUUGCAGCCACAACAUUAAAGUAUUUACUUGGAAAGAUUUUUCAGAUAAUGUAAAUUUUAUUCUGAGGCUAAUGUAAAACUCCAGAUUUCUGCUGAUGAAAGAUGAGGUAAGCGGUUCUGAAGGUUGGAGAUGAGAAGUACCCUGAAAACACUGUUGUAAACUUUAAAACUAACCAAUCUUUAGAUUUUCUUAAUAAAAACUAUGGAGAGUGAUUAAAAAUGCAUAAAAAUUCUAA